GACAAAGAGAGUUUAGUUUUGGUGAGCAGUUUAUCCUGCAACUCUUUUUUUCCUUCUUUCUUUUUGUGGCAGUUUUGCACCUCCAUAGUUCGUGUUCCAUCAUAACUCUCUUAAACCUUCUUCCUCUCUCGUCUCUAUCCUGUUCUUACAUGGAGUAAUACGAGAUCACUAUAAAAUCAUGUGCCACUCGAGAGCUGGUCUCCGUUCAUGGUCGAGUAUUCUUUCGGCCUUUCUUCUUGUUAAUCUGUCCUCAGGCCUGAACAAAGACGGUGCUUUGUUGCUGUCCUUCAAGAACUCAGUUGUGAGUGAUCCUCUUGGCGUGCUUAGAAGCUGGAAUUACGGCCACGAGACACCUUGUUCAUGGAAUGGGGUUACGUGCGUGGAUAUUGCAAGUGCAGAAAAGGCUCAAGCUCAAGUGAUCGGCUUAUCUCUCCCAAAUUCUCGGCUUGUGGGUUCGAUUCCUUAUGAUCUGGGGUUGAUUGAGCACCUCAGAAUUCUGGACCUUUCAGGCAAUUCACUCAACGGGUCUCUUCCCUCUACUUUUCAGGCUUUUGAACUUCAGUCGCUUAAUUUGUCUGGCAAUUUGAUAGGCGGGGAGGUUCCAGACUCCAUAGUACAGCUUAGAAAUCUUCAGGCUCUCAAUCUUUCUGACAAUGCCUUGGCUGGAAAACUGCCUACCAAUCUGGCAAAUAUGCAAAAUCUAACGGUGGCUUCUUUGAAUAAUAAUUACUUGUCCGGCGGUCUUCCUGGUGGGUUCCAAACGUUACAGGUUUUAGAUCUAUCUUCGAAUUUGUUCAAUGGAUCUCUGCCUCCGGAUUUUGGCGGGGCUACUUUGCGGUACUUUAACAUCUCCUACAACAAAAUUUCGGGGAAAAUCCCUCCAGAAUUUGCCGGGAAAAUCCCAGGUAACGCCACCAUCGACCUUUCCUUCAACAAUCUCACCGGCCAAAUCCCUGAUUCCGUAGUUUUAACCAAUCAACAGUCCCAGUCAUUUUUCGGGAAUCCUGAUCUUUGCGGAGAACCAACCAAGAAUCCAUGUCCUACUACUCCUCCAUCUUCUCCAUCAAAUAUGCCGGUUGCCACAUCUCCCGCUUUGGCUGCAUUUCCAAACACGUUUCACUCUCCUCCUGAGUUCGCAGCUUCACCAUCUGUAUCUUCCCACUCUAAGCAAAACGGGAUUCGACGAACAACAAUUAUAGGAAUCGUAGUUGGAGAUAUUGUUGGCAUUGCAAUCAUAGCAUUAAUUUUUGUGUAUGUCUACCGGUUGAAGAGAAAGAAAAACGUUGAGAGCACAUUGAAGAAGGAAGCUACUGCAGUGAGGAGUGAUUGGUCACCGCCAUCAUCACCCGAGUCAAGAGGGUUCAGAAGGUGGUCGUGCUUGCGCAAGACGGCUGAAGAGGAAGAGUCCACCGACACCACAAGCUCUUCCGGCAGCGAAGCAGAACCACGAAAUGGGCAAAACCAAAAGGUUCAUGACAAUCACAGGCAACAUGAACAAGAAGCAGGACAAGGAAAAACAGGGACACUGAUAACUGUGGACGGUGAAAAAGAGCUUGAGCUGGAAACAUUGCUGAAGGCUUCGGCAUUUAUACUGGGGGCAACUGGUUCCAGUAUAAUGUACAAGGCCGUGCUAGAAGACGGAUCGGCGUUAGCGGUUCGAAGAAUCGGCGAGAACGGGCUCGAACGGUUCAAGAACUUGGAAACACAAGGCCGGGUCAUAGCCAAAUUGGUGCACCCCAAUCUGGUUCGUGUUCGUGGCUUCUACUGGGGAAACGAUGAGAAGCUCGUCAUCUACGAUUUCGUCCCAAACGGCAGCCUUGCAAAUUUUCGUUACAGGAAGGUGGGCUCUUCGCCGUGUCACCUACCAUGGGAGGUCAGGCUCAAGAUUGCGAGAGGGGUGGCACGUGGGUUGGCUUAUCUCCACGACAAGAAGCACGUGCACGGAAAUCUAAAGCCCAGCAAUAUUCUGUUGGGCCACGACAUGGAGCCCAAGAUCGGAGACUUUGGGCUCGACAGAAUUGUAACAGGAGAUUCUAGUUAUAAAGCUGGCGCAUCAGCUCGGAUAUUUGGGAGUAAGCGAUCCACGGCCUCUAGGGAUAGCUUUCCAGACAUGGUAGUUGGGGCCAGCCCAAGCCCAAGCCCAAGCCCAAGUGCCAUAGGGGGUGUAUCUCCCUACCAUGCACCUGAGGCGCUCAGAAGCCUGAAGCCCACUCCCAAGUGGGAUGUGUACUCCUUCGGCAUCAUUUUCUUGGAGCUGCUAACGGGGAAGAUUGUGGUUUUGGAUGACAUGGGCCAACCGCCUGGGCUUUUGGUUGAGGACAAGACCCGGGUUCUUCGGAUGGCUGACAUGGCAAUUCGUGCUGACAUGCAGGGAAAAGAGGAGUCCUUGUUGGCAUGGUUCAAGUUAGGAUAUAGUUGUGUGUCUAGCGUACCCCAGAAGAGGCCAUCCAUGAAAGAAGUGUUACAAGUUAUAGAGAAAAUACCGUCCUCGUUUUCUUCCUCACAUUACCAUGCUCACCAAAACACGUGAUUUGCCACAAUGUUUAUUUCUCCCCUUUGUAGAAAAGUAUACUUAUGAUUGACUAA